AUGACAAACAAGAAAAAGCCUAAUCACACCAAUAAAACAUCUUCCAAACCAUCGACAAUAAAUAUCACGAGUAGCAGCACAAAUUCUCUGAAUAAUUCGAGUCAGAGUGUACUUUCCGAAGAUCGAUCGACCAAUGUUUCAAAGGCUAGUAACAUUUCAAAAAGUCAAAAUACAACUCAGAGUCAGAACUCACAAUCAAGGACCUCUUCUUCAAGUAGUAAUGAUGUAAAUUCUAUAUUAUCAAAAAGUACUUUAUCAGUGGAAUCAAAAAAAUCAAUUCAAGUGGUUCCAAAUAAUUUUCAAUCUUCCAUCAAAUUUGCUCCAGUGAAUGAGAAAUUGAAAGAGUUUUUGGUAACUAUUGGUUGUUAUUGUUAUGAAUUGUUUACAGAGGAGUUUGAUAUACUCCCAGAGGAUACACUAUUCGAAAAUUUAUCAACUCCUCAACAAUUGAACAUGUUGACUAAUUUUAUUGUAAAUUAUGUUUGUUUUGAUGUGAAUGGUUCUGUAAUGACCAGAAAAUUUGUAAAGAAAUUGGAUAAAACUAUUGGAGAAAGUUUAGUUUUUGAUAAGGAGGCCUAUCUGAACGAUGCUGGAGAUCGAUUGAAUAGUUUCAUAACUUUGAGGUUUUUAAUUGCAUUUUUGAGGGGGAAAUUGGAGAUGGAAAUUGAUAUGUUCGGAUAUAAGGAUUCAAAGCCAAUUAAACGAGGCAAUGAUAUCACUGUUGAAGAUGUGAUGAGAGUUGGUACUGUAUUUUCAGCAAAAGAAAGAAGUGCUGUGAAAGAUGUAAAGAAGAAAAUGACAAAAGGAGAACAAGACUAUGCUUUCACUGAUUUCAAGGACCAAUUCAACUCGAAGCAUGAUCACAAUAAGUGUUUUUUCAAAAUUUUCAACUCUUAUUUUGAAGAUGUUCCUCCUGAAAAACGAUUGUGUGAUGAGCCUGAAGAAGUCAGAUUCCAUUUUAGAAAAACAAUCGUUAAUGCCUUGAAAGGUGUUGUUCCAAUCUCUAAAUUCAAUGAAUCACUAUACAGAUGUCAAGAAAUGGAUGUUUGGUUGACCGUAUUGGAAAUGAUUUUUAAUGGAUUUGUAACUACCUUUAGUAGUGAGCUGUUUUUUUUUGUGGAAACCAAUUUUGAUCCUCUUGAGAAGGGUUGGAUGGCCCUUGUCCAGUUUGUCAAUCAGAACACUAAACUUUUCAAGAAGGUCUAUAAGCCAUACAUGUAUCAUAGAGAUUUGAACAAGUUGCAAUACAUUUUCAUAGACAAUGAUUUAUUUAGUGGCAAGAUGAAUGAAAAAGCAGCAAACUUUGUUGGAUCUGUUACGGACUAUAAUGCACAAGUAUCUCCAAAACGUGAUUCACAAGUUUAUUUCUCUAUCUGUAUUUAUCUAUUAAUAAUGGUAAAGAAUGGUUUGAACAUUAAUAGUAGGCAAGAAAGAUUGAGAGGUUUUAUGGAAACUUUCAAAUACCACAAAGAAAACAAGUUGAAAUUUUUGAAUAUUCACGAGCCAGAAAAUAUCAAAGUUUCCAACGAUCUCAAACCUAUUGUCGAUCAUCUUCCAACAUGCUCAUACUGUCGAAAGACUAUGGAAACUGCCUUGAAAUGCUCCAAGUGUAAUUCGGUAUUUUAUUGCAGUACUAAAUGUCAAACAAGUGAUAGGCCAGAACACAAGCAUUCAUGUGCAGCUCUUUGUGAAAUGAUGGCCCUAUCGAGUGCUGAACUGAAAAUAUUUGUAAAACAAAAAUAA